CUAGGGUUUCUGUGUGAUCUGGAACGUGACAAAUUAUUAGUAAAGAUUGAGGUUUUAUAAAGAAACCACAUUUUCAUCUCAUCCUUAAAAUGUUGCAAUCUUCCAAUUCAUAACCAUCCAGAUCUCAGGCUUUUGAUACCUUCCACACACUGAAAAUAGAAAUGUCUUGGAUAAACUAAUUUAUUGCUUCAAUUAUCGGAUUCGAUGUCUUUAUUACUUUUGUUUGGGGAGAUGAGUUUUCUAAUCCUCAUUUCGAGUAGAUUUCAUUGUCCUUCAGUGUUUGCAUGAUUUGGACAGUGGUAAACUGAUGAUAUUUGAUGACUCUUGGAUAAACAAUCUCUCCACUUGCUUUUCACUGCUACUGUUUAUCAGAAUACUUUCUAUUAGAUUUUUUUCUCCUACUUCAAUCAGUUCUCUGAAAUGAAGAACUUUGUAGAUUAGAUGCUUCCAAUCUUUUCUCUGUGAACCUUUAAUAAUUUCUCAUAUGAUCAAUUUGUGAAACAAGAAAAAUCUUAGUUUGGUGGUUCAUCAAGUAUCAACAACAGAAUCGAACUCCUCGAGGUAUUAGGUUGGUCAACAUCUGGGCUGAAAUGAAAGAAGCAGUGAAUUGGAGAUUUUUGCGUGCCACGACAAGCAACGCAUUCAACUUCAGAUCUCAUAAUUGCAACAUCGUAGUAUGACCAUGAAGGAGUAUGUGGUGAAGUUUUAUUACUUAGCCAUUAGAUCAGACUUCGAAUGGGACAAAUAAGUAUUAGUGUUGCAGUUUCAGAAUGGAUUGCACCCUCAGAUCAAUAAUGGAUUAGCUUAUACGAUGGAUGACACAGUACAGGUGGAGUAUCAGGUAGAGGAGAGUUUGAAGAAGCGUUACAAUCAGAGGAGCUUUCCAAACACUUUCUCUAAGGAUGAUAACAUGACAUCAGUCGUGCCAAGGCAAUACAACAUAGUAUAGUUUUUGCUGAUGGAAUCAAAUAUCGAUCCUGGUUCUGAUGAUGAGCUGAUGCCCAAGAAAAUAACACCAGAAAAUAUGCAAAUUGAUCCUAAAAGAGCCCGUUUUCCCUGCUCCAUUGUGUGGACGCCACUUCCUGUCAUUUCAUGGUUCUUACCUUUCAUUGGCCAUAUUGGUAUUUGCAGAGAGGAUGGGGUCAUCUUGGACUUUGCAGGACCCAAUUUUGUGUGUGUGGACAACUUUACAUUUGGUGCUGUGGCCCGCUACAUUCAGUUAAACAGAGAAAAGCAGUGCUGGGUUUCUCCUUCUCUUGGUGAGCAUGAAAUUCCUGAUAGAUAUGGACAGAGUGAUCCUGUUACUGAGAGGAUGACCUGGGAUGAUGCACUACGGAGAAGCACACAGGAAUUCCAGCACCGUUCAUACAACCUGUUUACCUGCAAUUGCCACUCCUUUGUUGCAAACAAUCUUAAUAGGUUGGGCUAUGGUGGCACCAGCAGGUGGAAUGUGGUGAACCUGGCAACUGUUAUCUUUCUCAAGGGAUGUUGGGUGAAUAAAAUGGCUAUCGUGAGGUCCAUUUUACCAUUUAUUCUAGUUCUUAGCCUAGGGCUUAUGUUUGGUGGCUGGACCUUUGUCACGGGUUUGGCUUCAUUCGCCUUCAUUCUCGUUGGUUGGUUUCUUCUUGGUACAUAUUGCUUCAAGAGUCUCAUUCAAUUGUAGGUUUUCCAGUUCCUGUUGUGAAUGUAAAUCCAGCUGUUUUACAAGUGAUAAUAUCUAGUGUUUAGUGACCAGAUUAUCUUUAUGAUAUUUAUUUUGUUGAUUGUUCAACAA